AAUUCCUCCAUAUCUCCGUCGUCGUCUUGGUGAAAGAACGCUGUUACCGUGCGACGUCUGCUAUCGAAUUUUGUCGUUUCUUUCAUUUUAAAAGGGAAAAUAACAUUGCGCAUUCUUUGUGAAGAUGGCAGCACAAAACAUAAAAGAUGGAGAGUAUACAGCAACAGUAUAUACGAUGAUAAAAGAAGGGAAGUAUAUAGAUGCUAUCCACAUCCUCUCUCAGGAAUUACAGAAUCAUCCAAGGUCCCGUGCAGCUCUGUCUCUGCUGGGCUAUUGCUAUUUUCAUGUCCAAGACUAUGCCAAUGCAGCUGAGUGUUAUGAGCAGCUGAGUCAGUUUUUUCCUGAGGUUGAUAACUACCGGCUGUACUACGCCCAGGCCCUCUACCAUGCCUGUGCCUAUCCGGAGGCCAUGAAGGCCACGUUUCAAGUAGAAAACCAGGAGUACCAGCCUAAGAUCACCAAGCUACAAGCUGCUAUAAAGUAUGGAGAAGAAGAUCUGCCAGGAGCUAAGAGUCUUGUUGAGCAGUGUCCCAGCGAUGACCCCGACACAGAGGUCAACCUUGGAUGUCUACUCUUCAAAGAAGGUCGCUACGAGCAAGCAUGUCAGAAGUUCACCGCAGCCAUGCAGAUACUUGGUUAUAGAGCUGAGAGUAUUGAUUUGGCAUACAACAUUGCCUUAUGUUACUACAGUAUGAAGCAGUAUGCCCCAGCUCUCCGUAACAUUGCAGAGAUCAUUGAACGUGGUAUACGAGAACAUCCAGAGUUAAGUGUGGGAAUGACCACUGAAGGCAUUGAUGUGCGUAGUGUUGGCAACACCCUGGUCCUACACGAGACUGCUCUCAUAGAAGCUUUCAAUCUCAAGGCUGCUAUAGAGUACCAACUUAAGAACCUGGAUGCAUCCCAAGAAGCACUGACAGAUAUGCCGCCGAGAGCAGAAGAGGAGCUUGACCCUGUAACCUUACACAACCAGGCCCUCAUGAACAUGGAAGCUCAACCAACACAAGGAUUUGAAAAACUUCAAUUCCUUCUUCAGCAAAAUCCAUUCCCACCGGAGACAUUUGGCAACUUGCUUCUACUUUAUGUGAAAUAUGAGUACUAUGACCUGGCUGCUGAUGUACUAGCCGAGAACGCUCAUCUGACCUUCAAAUACCUCACUCAAUACCUCUAUGAUUUCCUGGACGCUGUCAUCACCAUGCAAACAUCCAAGGAAGAGGCGUAUCGCAAGCUGGACGAGAUGGCGACGAAACACACCGAACAGCUGCGUAAGCUCACCAAACAGGUUCAGGAAUCUCGCCAGGUCAGGGAUGAUGAUUCCGUCAAGAAGACUGUCAUAGAGUAUGAUGAAGGGUUGGAGAGAUACAUCCCUGUUCUAAUGCAGCAAGCUAAGAUCUACUGGGAUAUGGAGAACUACACUCAGGUGGAGAAGAUCUUCCGCAAGUCUGUGGAGUUCUGCAAUGAGCACGAGAUCUGGAAGCUCAAUGUCUCCCAUGUUCUCUUCAUGCAAGGCAAGUACAAGGAGGCCAUUGGAUUCUACGAGCCAAUCGUCAAGAAGAACUACGACAAUAUAUUGAGUGUGAGUGCAAUUGUUCUCGCCAACAUCUGUGUCUCCUACAUCAUGAACACAACAAAUGAAGAGGCUGAAGAGCUGAUGAGAAAGAUAGAGAAAGAGGAAGAGCAGAUAGCUUAUGAUGAACCUGAUAAGAAGAUCUACCAUCUUUGUAUCGUAAACCUUGUGAUAGGAACCCUGUACUGUGCCAAGGGAAACUAUGAGUUUGGCAUCUCAAGGGUUAUGAAGAGCUUGGAACCUUACCAGAAGAAGUUGGGUACAGACACCUGGUUCUAUGCCAAGCGUUGUUUCCUGAGUCUCCUAGAGAACAUGGCCAAGCAUAUGAUCAUGUUGAGGGAUGCUGUCAUCGAGGAAUGUAUUCACUUCCUGGAGCACUGUGAAGUGUAUGGAAGAGAUGUAGUGGCAAUUGUUGAGCAGCCCCUUGAGGAAGACCCUCUACAUGAAGGAAAGAACACGGUCACGUAUGAGGCAAGGCUUCUCAAGCACUUACUUCAAGAGGUCAUUUAGAUUAGAAUGAUGUCAACGUGGUGUUUCAUAAAGCUAUUUAUGAAAUACGAAUGACUUUAUGAACGACCUCGGGUGCUGAAUCAGAUUAUUGUUUUGAUUGCAAUCUUCAGUUGAAAACCUAUAUUCCCAGAAUUCAGAUCGUUGUCAGCAAACAUGUGAAUGCAGCAAAAUUUACCUGUCAAAGAGCGCAAUGCACCCUUCUGGGGCCUGGUGGAACAAAUUGAACCUGAUAAGAGGGAUUUCCCUGCUUGUAAAAGAGUGAUUUGACUGAUUAAAAUGACCAGGAAUUUAUUCUUUGUUGAAACACUAGGGGCCCAUCUUACGAUGAGUUGUGAUUGAUCCGAUCAAUCGCAACUGUGGAAAGCCAGCAAAGUCAACAUAUCAAAUGCAUGUUCAAAAGUUUUCUAGUUAUGAAUGUAUAUCCCUAAAUUCAUUUGCUUCUUGACAACUUGGUGUGUUCUCCUUUGCUUCUUGACAACUUGGUGUGUUCUCCUUUGUUUACAAAGGACAUUUUGCAAAUUUCCUGUAAAAUAAUAUGACACUGUUGGAUUCCAUAUAGUUACGAUUGAUUGGAUCAACCGUAACACUUUGUAAGACGGGGUCCAGGAGAAUCUAGGGAUGUCGUUCACGAGAUAGUAGUUAAAAGGGAAUCAAACUGACCAAUAUUGUGUAUGGUCUCUCAUCAACUUGUUUGUUAUGAAUAGCUACUCUUAAACUAUACCCUUUGAUGUAAGUAUUAAUACAGAAAAUAAAUUAUCCUAAAAUUUUAUCUGUAAAGAGAGGUUAACUGAUAUUCUUCAAUUCUUGCAUUAUACUAACAGCAUAUAAAGUCAGUAAUGUUCACUUGGUUAUAUUGUACAUGUAGUGAAUGAUUUCUGUUAUUAUAAUUGAGUGUAUGAUUAUUGAUAUAAGAUAAACAUGCUUUUGAAAUGUUACCAUAAAUCACAGGUUUGAUGAUAAAAGCUCACAGAGGUCUGGCUGAUUUUGAUAUGGAUGAAAAAGGUCAUUUGAAUGUAUUAUUGUAAUUGGACAAACAGCCAUUAAAGAAGGUAAAGAAUUAUUAAUUGAUAUCCAAAAUUUAAUAUUUGGGACUUUUCAAUGCACAUUCACUAAUGGACUGAUAUAUUAGUGCAUCUUAUAUGUUUUGUGUUUGCAGCGUACAUCUUUAUAUUUUGACCAAAAUAAUUUCCAUUGUGAACAAUUCAAUCAUAACCCUGAUAUGUAAUUAGACAUCAAUAUGUUUUAUAGCAGUUGGAAUGUGUUCUAUCAAAUGGGGUUAUUCCUCACUUAUUUUGAGGUUAUAUUUUAAUGAAAUUCUUUUAAAGUAUGUUUAGCGUGUGUCGAUGGACUAAAUUAGUGAUCAGGGUCCCGUGAUACAAAGGUUAGCAAUUAAUCAUAAGUUUGAUUUUCGUGAUUAAUUGUACAUCAAUCGCAGAAAAAUUUUCACCAAUUUUGUAAAUUUUGUCUUAGUGGAUUAGAAAAAUACAAAACAAAAGAAAAAGAUAUUUUUAAUCCAUUUAUUUUCAAGAGCUUUAAAUACACUACCUUGAAUCGUUAUAUUAUCGAUAUAUUAUGGAUAUAUGGAAUAAAUACGAAAAGCC